UUCCACAGCAGGAAAAAUGUUCUGCCUGAGGAAUUUCACUGCUGUCAUCUCAUGUGUGCUCCUCUUCAUCAUCCAGCCUGGUCGUGGAUCUGAGAUUAUUCAAGGGAAAGAAGUCAGGCCGCACUCGAUGCCUUUCAUGGCUUAUGUGACAAGUCCAAACUCUUUCUGUGGAGGAACAUUAAUCCAUCCACAGUGGGUCCUGACAGCUGCCCACUGCAGUCGUAUGAAUACGGUGACUGUUGGAGCACACUCCAUCAAGAAAAAGGAGAAAAUAUCAAAGCAAAUCCGAAAGGUUGUAAAACGCGUUCCUCAUCCCAAGUUUGUCAGUGCUGCUCGGGGCAACGACCUCAUGUUGCUCAAGCUUAACAAACGAGUGAGGAGAACCAGGGCAGUGAAAUGGCUCAGGUUUGGAAGAACUGUGAGAGACCCGGCAGCUGGCAGCAAGUGUGUGGUGGCUGGAUGGGGAGUAACCGAAAACAACCGAACAUCAGACGUCCUCAAGGCUGUUACUGUGACUGUGGUCAGCAGAAAGAAAUGCAACUCUCGCAGCUAUUACAACCGCAACCCUGUUAUCACCACAGGCAUGAUAUGUGCUGGUUCAAAUGGUAGAAAAAGGGCUGAUACCUGUCAAGGGGAUUCAGGAGGGCCGCUGUUGUGUAAAGGAGCGCUGGUUGGAGUCACUUCUUUUGGACGGGGUUGUGGUAUCAUUAGAAAACCUGGAGUCUACUCGUUUGUCUCAAGGAAACAACUCAGCUGGAUCAGAAAAACAAUGAAAUCAAAUUAAAUGUCCUGAAUACCGAGGUCUUAGUCCAGAUGAGCUAAGCAAGAUGAGAAUCUUUGAUACUUUUGUGUUACAUCUGCUUGUGCUGCCAUUUUAUCAUUUCAUUGUUUCUCUCAUAUUUUAUGAUGUAUUAGUUUCCACUAGCUAUGACAGCUUGCCUCUCAUGGUUACGCCUUUCCACUGCAGGAACUUAAAGUGAGAACAAUGUUGCAAUAUUGAUAAGACAGUAACACUUCAUAAUAUGACCUAAGUAAGUAAUUUAUUUAUAUAGCACUUUCACAGAUAAAAAUCACAGCGUGCUUCACAAUAAAACCAGAAAUAAAAGAAUAAUAAUAUGGAAGAAUGUAAAAAGACCUGCGAAUAAGGCAUAAGUACUCUGUAAUUAUAUGUAAUUUGCAGGCAACAGGUCAGGUUUUUGCAAGAAACAAUGAAUUACAAAUUACACCGUAAGACCCGCAACUAAGGUGCAAGUACUUUAAAAUUACGUGCAAUUCACAGGCAAAAAGGAGUAAGUGUAGCCUGUCUGGCCUGACACUGUUCUCUGCGAUGUGGUGUGUGAAUGAUGAGAGGAGGCAACUCUCGCUUUGCCAGCUGAGGCACGUUUAUUCUCCCAAAACUGUUCAAAAUAAAAACAAAUGACUGAGCUUUCCCAUGCACACCUCUCCUCUGCAGGGCCUCUAGGCAACUGAGGAGGACAGCACGCAACUACAGGAAGUGACUAUGUAAGAAGUCAAAGUUCACGCAAAGAAAAUGAAAGCUCCCAAAA